AUGCAUUUCUGUACCCAAGCGUCAUGUGCUGCUGGUCCCGAUGACCUUUCACCUGCUCUUUUAAAGGAUGGCGGUGGACUCCCCAGCCAAUUCCUGUCUAGCCUGUUCGACCCUAUCUGGAGAAUCACUGGAGAUCGUCACCCAACACUGGGUCAUGAUUGGCUGUUGCGUCUAGACUUUCGACCAAUCAGAUCUUGGCUUGAUGCCAGACCAGCAAGCGUCCCGAAUUUUUGGCCAAUCUUGCCUGGGAUGGACUCCUCAACCGUAGCAGCACCUGACUGCGAGCGCUGCAAAAUAUGGCUGCCAAUGUGUGUCAGUGGCGUUCUUGCUGUCAGUUUCCAUCCCGAUUGCCUGAAUGAGUGUCUAGGGGUGUAUGUACCUCGGUACGGCAGUGAAGCAUCGGUUUUGAACACUGAUGCCAUGCUAUUGAUAACGAUGAUAUGCACCCCGGAAUCAUCGUUAGUAGCAGCAUCGUUGACUCAAACGGUUGUUCAGGCUAGCCUGAACACCAGCUGGUGUAAAAAAUAUCGACCAGUUGUAGCACCCUUUCGGUGCCAAGCUGCGACGCCACCAGAAGGAAGCACGAGUGCUGGGAUACUACCGGUUUGCCCAAGCCUUGACGGGAAGUUGCGAGGCACAGGUCGGGUUCAGGAUUGUAUGUCUCACAAACGUAUUCCGGUUAUCGUUGUGGAUGCACAUAAUGAGGUAAUUGCAUGUCAUCUUUCACACGUGACGCAACUUCAGGUCCUGUCAUACAUAUACCGUUUGAUCGGUGCUAAAAGGAUCCCUUUCUCUGGUAUCAAAUUGCUUCAUUUUGACUCCCAUCCGGAUAUGGGUUCACCUGCACUGAAAGCGUGUGAAAUCCGCCAAAAUCCUCAUGAUUUGGUUCACAAAACCAGUAUAGAAGAUUGGAUUAUCCCCAUGAUUUAUGCCGGUCACGUUGAUCACGUGAUUUGGCUACAUCCUCACUGGUCCAAUCAAUUGUGCAAUCGUCGACCCACCUGUUACACGGUGGGCGAGGAUAAAGAAACCAAAAGGCUCGGACUCGACAUUCCCGAAUCUUAUUUCUAUGAUGAUGGAGUAUUCUGUUCAGAGGAGGAUAUGAACACUCGGGUAAAAUUUGGUCUGACGGUUGCCUCAGUUCAUGAAACCAACACUCUGUGCAAAGUGUGCACAGAUAUCGUGUGUGUGCUCCUCAAUCAGCCUUUCAUUUUGGACAUCGACCUAGACGUCUUCUCUACUCAGAAUCCGUUUAUGGAGCUGAUUGACCAUUUGUACGCGUCCCCUCCGAGUUUGAGUAUUCCACUGUCUCCGAGGGAAAUAAACAAUCCAGCAGUUGUUCUGGCCCAUUCAGUUGCUUGUGCUCGAGUGCUCAAUGGCGCUCGGCGACGUCAGCUAACUCGUCUCCGCCAGUGGUUACAAUGUUGGGAGUCGGAGACGCUUCCGCCAAGUUCGGCAAUCGUGUUAUGGCCACGUGAACUUGCUGAUCUUAGUAAGCUCGUACUUUCACUGGAAGAUAUAGAAAUGUCGAACACUGUUCGUCAGGCUGUGAUGGAAACGCUACGACUUGCAUCCAACCGUCUGUCUAUUGUUGCUGAGCCACCUUUGUUGGCUUUGGGAUCAGAAGAAAAAUAUGUAGAGGAAGCUCUCUCCAAACUCAAUGCUACCUGCGCCGGUGACGCACUGCAGUCAUCUAAGGCUAUUGGACUACGUCGAGUGUAUAGCCAGAUUGAAGAGAGCCGAUCCACACUGUUGUCACACCGGUGCUACCCGGGAGUUCCAGUGAAGCGUCGUAUGAGUAGCCCCAAUUGCGUGUGUUUGGACAUACAAGCGAAGCUUAAAUUGCGCCCUUUUGACUCAGCCACGGUGGCCCCGUCAACCGGAAAUCUAUCGGAGGUUGUUGACGUCGAACGCCCUAUGGAUGUUGAUGCUGAUGGUUCCUCGUCAUGCACUGUACCUGAGCCUAACGUCAAUCGGGACCUAAAAGUCAUCCUCACUAAAUUGGAUGACAGUUUGCUCUCGGAAUUGACCCCUUCAGAACCUGGUCCGGAAUCUGAAGCAUCUGUUGGGAAAAAUAAACCGGUGGCAGAAGGAGAAGUGACCCCGCUUUGUUUUAUGCACUACCUAUGGUCUGGUGUGGCGAACCAUGAUCAAGACCCUCUGCCACAUUAUGUGUCAACCGUCCAAGAACAACAAGAGAUGCGUGAGGUGAUCGAAGGUUUCCUCAAUCGUUUGCACAAUCCCUGUGUCAUAACGAUCGCACGCUCUGUGAACGACAACUAUACUCCAACUAAUCAAGUGCAAAGUCUUCAACUGAGCUUACUUCAAGCGCUGGAGCGCGUCUACGGUCAGGACCUACUUUCUGUCACGCUAGACUAUGAAAAUUCGGAGGCCGAUGCAAAUCACCUCAAGACGUUGGGUUUCCAUGUUGUUUCUCCCGAGGAACAGAGCUUCGCCAGCCGGCGCAUUUCACCUAUAUCAUCCGCCCGUUCUGAUGCUACUGUCGGUGGUUAUCGCAAUGAACCCGGUCGAAAGGAUAUUACGAAUGCUCGACAUGCGAAAGACUGGCAGAUCUGUUUGUCAGAUGAAUUUACCCGAAUCGUCUUCUACAGUUUCAAUCAACCAUCAGAUGUGAAUCCCCACUGGGACGAAAUCGCCACCUUUUUGCACUGUACUGGGAGUUUUGUUUGUGGCCGAUGUUUGCAGGCCCACUCAAGUACUGGAUAUCAGAACGAACAGUGUCAUUUCUUAAAUCUCGGAGAAAUAUCCCAGUCGGUCGUGAACAUACCAUGGCCCUACGAUUUAUUACACAAAGUAAGAAUUAGGGUGCGAGCCGACCGUGAAGUCUCGUGGACGUGCAAGGUUAAAGAAAUGAAAAAGUCCCAGAAAGCCGGAGUGCCCGAAGAUUAUUUCAGUUGA